GGCGAGGCAGCAGAGGGUGGAGUCUGCAGCUCCAACAUCCUGAUCUCCUCGUAGGAGGGCGCGUACACGUCACGUGACCGUCCUACUCAUCCAUUCCGCCAAGGAACAGAUUGAGUGGAUGCGAGAACCGAGAACAAUUCCACGAAUGCAUUUCCUGCAAAAUAUCGCAUCGAAUUCAAGUCCGAACCGCAGAAACAUUGUAGCACCAAACCGCGGGAUCAUUUAGUUUAAUCCAACAAACUACCUAAAGACAGAAGUGGCCAUUUCCACGAGUACACGACAGGCACAAUGGCAGAAAACAACUUCCCACCCCUGCCCCGCUUCAUCCCCCUGAAGCCAUGCUUCUACCAGGACUUCAACGAGAUCCCGGACCAGCACCGGACCAUGUGCAAGAGGCUCUACUACCUCUGGAUCUUGAACAGUGCCACACUGGCCGUGAAUCUCAUUGGCUGCUUGGCAUGGAUGUGUGGUGGAGGCGGAGCAGCCAACUUUGGCAUGGCCAUCCUGUGGCUCAUUCUGUUCACUCCCUGCUCCUAUGUGUGCUGGUUCAGGCCUAUCUACAAGGCCUUCAAGACGGAUAGCUCCUUCAACUUCAUGGCCUUCUUCUUCGUGUUCAUGGCCCAGGUUGUGAUCAGCAUCAUCCAGACAGUAGGCAUCCCAGGCUGGGGGGUUUGCGGUUGGCUGGCUACCAUCACCUUCUUCAGCACCAACGUGGGCUCAGCUGUGGUCAUGCUGAUUCCCACCAUAAUGUUCACUGCAGUGGCCGUGUUGUCUUUCAUCGCACUCACCAGGGUCCACAACCUAUACCGCGGCAGUGGCGGCAGUAUGGGCAAGGCCCAGGAGGAGUGGACCACGGGCGCCUGGAAGAACCCCCACGUCCAGGAGGCCGCCCAGCAGGCAGCCAUGGGAGCGGCCCAGGGCGCCAUGCAGCAGAACAUGCAGCAGCAGAACAUGCAGCAGCAGAACCCGCAGCAGAACCAGUACUCUGCCGCCCCCACCUACAACUACGACGAGCCCAUGUAGGAGCGGGGAGGCGGAGGGGGGUGGGGUCGUGGCGGGAUGUUAGGGGCGGGGGGUGGGGGUGUGGUAUGGGAAGCCACAGCGGUAUCGAUUAAGAACACCAUUCACAGUUAGACCCCCCCUUCAUCCUGACGAUGUAGAGGCCUCCGUGUGAACGACACAGGUAGAGCAGUGGAUAUGCAUAGAGGGGGAUGCCAAACGUGUCAGUCAUACUUUACUGGGUUUUGUUUUGAAAUCGACUGCUGGUUUUAAAGGGGGACAGGGGGGAGGGGGGGUCGUCCUUUCGCCCCCUACACAAUACUUAGGUUUACUGUUCUACAACUACAGGUCAUUUAGUCCAACACACUCCUUGAAUGCUUCACAGUGGUAAUCUGUUUUUUUAAUCACAACGCUGUAAAAAGAAGAAUGUUUAGUAGCAUUACCUACUGCCAAGAUUAGCAUUUAUUCUCUGUGUCCCCCCUUUAAACACGCGUCCUCCUUCUUUCCAUUUUGUGAAAAUCUGGAGUCUAAAUUUUCAAUUGUUACAAAUAGAAACUAGAGAAUUUAUUAAAAAACGUCUCAAAUUUG